CAUACGCUUUCAUCUGGAGAUGGAAUAAAAACAAGCUUCGGCGGAAUGGUUUCUUGUUGCAAAUGAAGACUACUUCUGUGCCAGCAUUAUCGCCUCAGCGAACGAACCGGGGAUCAAAUCAAUCGUAACGGUGAAAACGGGUUCGUGUGGUGAAGUUUGGAAUGUUUUGAAUUUCGACAUUUUGUGCUAUUCAUCUGGGUUUGGUGGAAAUCGUUAAAAGAGAGUUAAAUAUACCGUAACGCGAGACGACAUCGGCAGGAUGAGUGAGCGUUCGAGUUCACUGCCUCUUCCUCCACUCCAGUACGUAAAGCACUACACGGAUGAAAACAUUGCACGAGGGCGAGCCCUGUCGCCCCCGAAACCCAUCACGGAGGCAUACCGAAUGUUCGACGCACCAUUCCAUCCGGAUGAUGCAAUUAUCAGGCCGUUAGAGACCCAGGGUAUCAAACGUCUACACCCGCAGAGCUACGAUCCAAAGCGCGAACUAAAAAAGUUGAAUCAUUCAAUUCUUGUCAAUUUUAUCGACAUGAUUGACGUUCUAAUCAAAUGCCCCGAUACUUCGCGAAGAGAGGAGAAAAAGGACGACCUCAACCUGCUAUUCGUUCACAUGCACCACUUAAUCAAUGAAUUUCGGCCUCACCAAGCCAGAGAAACACUCAGGGUUAUGUUGGAGGUACAGAAAAAGCAGAGGCUAGAUACGGCUGAGCGUUUUCAGAAGCAGCUUGAGAAGGUUGCAGAAAUGUUGAAAGCAACUACAGACUCGCUUCCAACGGACAACCAACUUUCAGUUGAUCAGCUUCUCGAAAGUACGACGCGUAUGAUUUGGAGCGCACGUGAAGCAAAAAACGCUCAGGAUGGUCGUGAGAUGCCCGAAAUGCCUCAAUGCGAUCCGAGGGACCGAUUCAUGUGUGAACUUGUCGAUAAUAACAUGUAAACUAAUGUUUUUGUAUAUAUAAUCAGCUAUGUGAUGUGUGAUAGGAGAAAGCAAGGUCAGAGUGCGAUGCCCUUAUGAAUUAGGAUUAUGCUGUGGCAAACAUGCGUUCAAUUGGUAAAGAUUCAAUCAUUUUACUUGAAACUUCGAAACGGCCAAUAAUAUAAGUGCAGAGACUACUUGGUCGUAACGAGGAAUGAUAAUCAGGUAAUUUUUAAUUGUCAUAAUUAGUUGAAAAAUGAGCCGAAUCAUCAAUGUGAUUGCAAAUGGAAAAUAGCCUUUACGGGUAUUUGCCCAGUGUCCUGCCUGGCAUGCUUGCAGAUCCGUGGGAUCUAAAGCGUCUGUGUGACUGUGUAAGUGUGCAUUGUAAAAUAUUGUGUAAUAAAUACGAUUGUAAAUAAAGUGAUUUAUGGAAAU